UCAAUAAUUCCAAUCAUGUGUAUUCAUAAUCAGAUAAGACUAGUGUAGUAGCCAAUUAGCCAAAAUCUAAACAUCAUCCUCACCAAACAAAAAUGGCUGAGGGAGAAGCAACAGUUCUGAAAUCUCUUGAAGAUUUUGGUCCUCAAAAAAAGCUCAAAAGGAACAAGUUUGCUUGUGCUUGUGCUAUCUUGGCUUCUAUGACUUCUAUCCUACUUGGAUAUGAUAUUGGUGUGAUGAGUGGAGCAGCCAUCUAUAUAAAAAGAGACCUUAAAGUAACAGACGUGCAAAUUGAAAUUCUCCUAGGUAUCAUAAACCUAUAUUCUCCCAUAGGUUCUUACAUUGCAGGGAGACUUUCUGACUGGAUUGGUCGACGUUACACGAUUGUCCUUGCUGGUUUAAUUUUCUUCGUCGGAGCUGUACUUAUGGGACUUUCUCCAAACUAUGCAUUUCUCAUGUUUGGUCGUUUCUUUGCUGGUGUUGGCAUAGGGUUUGCCUUCUUGAUUGCUCCUGUUUAUACCUCUGAAGUCUCCCCAACUUCAUCUCGUGGCUUCCUCACUUCCUUGCCUGAGGUAUUUCUGAAUGGAGGGAUUUUAGUUGGAUACAUUUCAAACUAUGGAUUUUCAAAGCUCCCACUCCGUUAUGGUUGGCGAGUGAUGCUUGGAAUCGGUGCCAUCCCGUCUAUAAUCCUAGCUAUGGCCGUAUUAGCCAUGCCCGAGUCACCUAGAUGGCUCGUUGCCAAGGGUCGAUUAGGGGAAGCCAAAAAAGUUCUUUAUAAAAUAUCUGAUUCUAAAGAAGAGGCGCAGCUAAGACUAGCCGAUAUUAAAGAGAUAACAGGGAUCCCCUUGGACUGUGACGACGACUUUGUUUCAGUCACAAAAGUUCAAGGCAAAGGCGUAUGGAAAGAACUAUUUCUUCAUCCUACACCUGCAGUUCGUCACAUCUUCAUUGCCUCCCUCGGGAUUCACUUCUUCGCACAAGCCACUGGCAUAGAUGCUGUUGUUUUGUAUAGUCCCAGAAUCUUCGAGAAGGCUGGGAUCAAAUCCGACACAAAUAAGCUUCUCGCAACUGUAGCUGUUGGAUUUGUGAAAACAAUGUUCGUCUUAGUUGCCACUUUUUUAUUAGACCGCGUUGGGAGGCGCGUAUUGUUGUUAACCAGUGUAGGUGGGUUAAUAAUCUCGCUUCUGACAUUGGCGAUUAGUCUCACUAUUAUUGAUAAUUCAAGUGCCACGCUGACAUGGGCUAUUUCACUUAGUAUAGCAGCAGUGUUGUCCUAUGCAGCUACUUUCUCAAUAGGAUCGGGUCCAAUUACGUGGGUUUAUAGUUCUGAGAUAUUUCCAUUGAGGCUUCGAGCUCAAGGCGUGUCUAUUGGUGCGGUGGUGAAUAGGGUCACGAGCGGGGUCAUCUCCAUGACUUUCCUGUCCCUGUCCAACGCCAUCACCAUUGGUGGCGCUUUCUUUCUUUUUGCGGGCAUUGCAAUUGUCGCGUGGAUCUUUCACUACACUAUGCUCCCUGAAACACAGGGCAAAACAUUGGAGGAAAUAGAAGGGUCCUUCGGAAAUUUCUGGAGGAAACCAAAAGCCAGUGCCACAGCUGAAGGCGCGAACGGAAAAAUCCAAUUAAGCACCAAUGACAAGACUUAUACAACUAUGGAUUAGCUUAGGUCCUUAGGAAGUGAUACAAUUAUGUAUUGCUACAUUGCAAUCCAUGUUAUGUGUUACUCUGAUCAGUGAAAAAUCACAAUCUAGAUGAGCACAGUUUAUUCGCAAUUGAAUAGACCAUUAAUCAAUGAGCAAUUAAAAUUGUAAGGACCAAAAUCACAUGUUAUAACUGUUGAUAAAAUAACCGUUUUAAAAGUUAUAAGAGA